CUGCCAGUGAAAUAUGUGCAAGUUCCUCAUUCAACAAACUUCAAGCCAUCGUGUUUCAUCGAGACUUGAAACAAGGUGCGGUGGACAAGGAAAUAUGUAUAUAGUGUAAUCUUAUCAACAUAACUGAUCUACUGAUCUACUCCUUUGUGUAGAUCAUCAUCUAGACUUCAUUAGUAAACCGAAUGUUAACCUGCUUACAGACAUCAUCUAUGAAGAGGACAACAUGAAAUCCAUUCUUUGUACAUGUGCACUGUUUCUGGUAUUUCCAUGGAAACUAACUGGUGAGACAACCCUUAGGCCAAACAGCACCAGGCAGUAUGAAGAUACUUCUAAAGAUGAUGAAACAACCAAAAGGGGUGGUGAACCCACCAUUUUCUCUUCAAAAUAUAUAAAGCCUUCUUUGAAACCAAAUGGUGAAACAACCCAUAGCCCAACCAACACUGGGAUGCAUGAAGGUACCUCUAAAGACCAUGAAACAACGAAAAGGGGUAGUGAACCCACCAUUUUCUCUUCAAAAUAUAUAAAGCCUUCUUUGAAACCAAAUGGUGAAACAACCCAUAACCCAACCAACACUGGGCUGCAUGAAGGUACCUCUAAAGAUCAUGAAACAACCAAAAGGGGUGGUGAACCCACCAUUUUCUCUACAAUAAACACAAAACUGUCUUUGAAACCAAAUGGUGAAACAACCCAUAGCCCAACCAGCACUGGAAUGCAUGAAGGUACCUCUAAAGAAACAACCACAAGGGGUGAUGAACCCACUAGUUUAAAAAAAAAACAAGAUCAGUACACCAAUGAGGAAAGGGAAAAUGUCUCAUCUUCAAAAUCGCCCCCACAAACCUCAGAGCUCCAACCUGUUACAAGUAUGAGUCAUGCUACAUAUCUAACCCAUGCAAUGACCAUCUCUACAGGAGAAAGCAGGUCCUCUUCACAUCUGUCCGCCUUGCCUUUCUUGAGAGAAUUGACACAAAAAAUGACUGACCAAAUUACAAUUACACCAUUGCCACAGAAUAUGUCAGAAGAGGUCACUACCACCAGAGAAAACCAAACAUUACAUAAUUUUAAACCCACCAAUAAUCGAUACGUUCACGAAAACAAUACCAGAUCUGCAGAGAAAGAAUCCUUCAAGCCACAGACUGAUAUUUCUACUCAUUUCCAAAAAACUCAAGAGGUUAUUACAAAUCAAUCAAGAGUAGAAGUACAGACUACUAAAACUCUGAUUACUAAAUGGUCUUCACUUCCCCAAGAUAAAAAAAGCACAGAUCAUCCAAUACUCAAGAUCACUGAUGCAAAUGGAACUUUGGACGUUAGCAAUGAAAAAAGAAAUGACACAGCCACCUACCCAAUCAACACAUCGACUACCACUGACUUUUCCACUGGACUUAAUCCAACUACUAACAUAGAGGUUGGUAGAACUGGUACUACCCAUACCAUGGAUACAAUAGCAACAUAUGAACUAACUACAAAAUACAUUAUAGAGAGCCAACGUCCCAACCCUAAGAGUGAAACCACCCACACCACUCAAACAGACAACUCCAAAACUACUAUACGGAGAUCCACCAUCAAUGACCAUGAUAAGAAAAGCCAUCCAGGACACAUAGUAGCCUCCUUGAUUGGUAGUAUUCUGCUAAUUAUGUUUGUAGCAUUUGUCGUGGUUUUGAUAAGAAAUCAUCAAAUGAAGAAAAAGCAGAUGGAGAAUCCUGACUGGGCUGGCCCUUCACCAUUCAUCGAAGGUGACCUCCAUCCUAACUUACCAACCAUCCAUGAGGAUGGAUCAUUUCACAAUGAGGAGUCCAAAAGAUUUUCCCUCUACUCAUUCCUUCCCCAGCAGCUUUCCAAGCGGCUUUCUACGUUGAACCCGAGGGAUGAGGAGGUCCCCCUUGAGUACACACAAGCAAGUAGCACGUUUGGGCAACGUCAUGGAAACACAACACCAGACGAAAUUCAGACACAUCAAGCAAACAGUCCACCUGCUGAGGUCUCUUCAGACUCUAAUGUCCCCGAGACUGUAAGCAUUCCACCAGCUUCUGAAAACAAUGAGAAUAUCCAAACACCUAAACUUGAUGAGGAGAUCAUUCCAGUUCCACUUGCUGAGACAAACAGUGCCACUCAAACUCCAUUUGAAGAUGUGGAUCUUAAUCUUUCUGUGGACAAGAAUACAGAAUCCACUUCACCAUCAGAUGCAAUACACAUCCCUUCUCCACCACCACUAGCACAAUCUUAGAGACAUGCAAAAACCAUCAGCAACCACAAGCUAUUCUGUAUGCUUUUAGAACGACUGUCUACACAGCACAGUUCCCCGAAAGAGGAAAAAUCAUUUAAUGGUAGUAAAGUCAUUGUUAAAGACACUGUAAGGCAAAUUUUUACAGUUUCAGUUAUUAAGUUAACUUUCAUUCAAAGUAUUUUAUUUUCCAAAGGGUGCAAAAGCCUGAAAAUCUAAAAUCAUGUGAUUUGUGGACACUAUUGGUACUGUACAUAGCACUGGAGCAUUGAAAUACUCCCUUUAAAACUACAUAGAGAGAAUGUGACUGUGUAGGAUGUGAUUUACUCUUACUCUGGGGGAAGCUGACACUGCACAUAAAACCAGAAUGAGUUGAGAGCGAGACAGACUGAGGGAGUAGUGGUUUCCGAGUAAAUUACAGCAGUGUUACAUGCUACAGUGUCCAAGUCCUUAUUUGAGCACAAAAGCAGCAUGUCAAAGUUUUUAUGAUUUUUAAUGGUCUAUCUGUUUAUUAAACAGUUCCUAAUGCAUUUUAAUCUUAAAAGAAAACUAUUAAUGUACUUUAAAUUAAUUUACUCUGGCAUUUGUACUUGCUGGCCAGUGGUGAGUCAGUAGUUAAAGUUCUGGGCUACUGAUCCAAAGGCUUCGAGUUCAAAACUUGUCAAGAUAGGAUAUGCAAAGAAAAGAAUUUAAAUGAAUUGUACUUGUAUAUGUUAUGAAGCUUCUUUCUUCUUAUGCUAUAAGAACAAUUUAACCUAAAGUGGCAUUUGAGCCGACCAUGGCGAAAAAGCAGUUAUUGUUGAAUAAGGUUAAAAUUGUGCCAUUGAAGUCAUUUGUGUUAUACACAGUUAAGGUAAACCAGCAUCAGCAAUGACACAAGGAACCUCUCAAGGUUCUCACAAGGAGUCCUCUCUAGGCUUGUUUAAUGUGCACUAUGAAUAUUUGAUAAAAAAUCUAUAAGCUUAUAUUUUCUGGCGCAAUGGAGUCAAAAUGGAGUUUACCAACCAACAAUACAUACCUAGAGUGUUUUGUUUUUUGUUUUUUUUGUCUCAAUGGGCUAACUGUAAAGAUGGCUUUCUUCAAAAGAACUGCAGACACAGCUUGCACCCAUACAGUGCAGGUUAAAAAAAAAUAGUGAUAUUAAAAAAAUCACGCAAAAAUCAUAAGACUAUUUGAUAUUUGGUUCUACUGUGUUUGUAUGUUUCACCUUAUGUAAUCUCAACCAAUGGUAAACUUAUUAAAUUUACACAAGUGCUACACAAAAAGGCAGUAAUAGCGUACAUUUGAGGUACACAAUAAACACUGUUACAACAGCCAAUGAUUAUAUAAACAAACUUAAGUGUUAUUUCAUUGUGUUACUGUGCAUCACUAUUGGUAACAUCACAUUACAGAGUUGUUUAGAUUAGUAUUUACAGGACCAGUUGACGUUGCUAUGCAGAACUUCACACAUCUACUGGUAUUGCUCAUGUCAUCUGACAGCUCAGUGGUGUAUCAACAGACUUCAGGUUGUCACUUGCAGAGCAAAGGGGAAACUGUCCACAAGCUAAUGAAACGUAUUGCUGAAACAGAAAGUUUAUUCUAAGUACUGAAAUGAGAUGAUGGCAUUUGUAUUUUAUCCGGUGCACAGGAAUGACUGUUGAAUGACCUAUUCCACAAUUUUGAUUACAUAUACUAGAUGAAUAUGCAUGUGUUUCACAUAUAAAGGUUAAUGGGUGUGCAUGCUUGGCAAUGAUGUUGAUCCCACUAUAUACUCUCUUAAAAUAAAUCUUUCAAAUUCUUGGUUGAAGGAUCUUAUUUCAGAAGGUAACAAUCCAUUUGUGAAGAAUAGUUAUAACAUUAUGCAUAACCAAUAAAUAAAUAAAUAAAUAAAUAAAUAAAUAAAUA